UCAGCAGGAUGUCGAUUGGAGCUGCAAUUAUUUCUGUGCUAAAGAAGAAGAAAUGGCGCCGAUCUCAGUACGAUGUCCGCGACCUUGGAGUGGCAGAAGUCUCAUGUCUGUCCCUCACUGACCUGUCCAACAUGCCUGUCCCCCACAGAAACACGUUCGUAUCCAGUAAAUCGGAAGAUAAUUUGCUGGACGCUAAGCUGUAUCUCAAAUCUAGAAGCUCUAAACUGACAAAGUGCAAAGAAAACUGGAAGAGGACGUCUUUGAACCUUUCAAUCGACCCUGAAGAUGACUUUAAGAAUUCUGCGCUUUAUUUGUCCACUGCCGAUUCAGCUAUUUCCUUGUCAUUUCGAGAUUCAGUGAGAAGUAGCAGACGACCAGUGUCCUGUUACGUUGAUUAUACGUCAUCACGUGAGUUUCUAUCAGUAUCGGAAGAAGCAGACGAAUCAUCCAAUACAGAUUUUGGGUAUGAUUCAAUGAACGCAAGUUCUGAUUCGGUUUUGAGUUUGGUUAGGAAAUCAAGCAUUCACAGCAAAUCUAGGGAAAUUAUGAUUAAACGCCGUCAAUUUGUCAAAAAGAGAUCACGGGACAGUCAGGUUUUCAGUGACGAUGAAAACAAUGAUUUGAAGUAUUCCAAAUCUAACAGCAAAAAGAACGAAAAUGACAUUCCGAGAGAUUCGAAAGAAAUUGCAAAUAGACUAGCUCAGAAAGAAGCUACUACAAGAAGAAAUCGGGAUGAAAAAUGUAGAUCCGUUCACUUUGAUGACAAUACUGAAGACGAAAGCUUUGUGAAACAACAGUUAACCAAAUCAGUGUCUACUUUGACUCUAUGCAGAAACAACAGCGUUCAGCUCAAAUCUUGGCAAAUUCGAAGACAGCGCCGCGCGAUGCUCAACAAGCACAGGCGAGCAAUACGGCAACUGGAGAAUAUGAAAUAUGAGGAGAGACUUGUGUAAAUAAAUUCUUUGUAUAGUUUUUCGCAGACUGACUGUUUUGUAAAUAUUUUUUGUAAAUACAUCGUUAAACAA